AUGGAAAAUCAAGCAAAUACUCAAUCUUCUCAAGUUUCGCAAGUGUUUCAGACACAGAGAGAAGUAUAUAACAUACGUGUACCUCAAAAUCCAUAUACUCCUCGUCCUCCAAUUUCGUACCGAAAACAAGAGCCAAUUGUAAAUUCAAAUACAGAUACAAGAAUUGAAUCAGCUCAUGCACCACGAAGAAUCAACUAUGCUACAAUUCUUCAGCAAAGAAAACGAAAUCCAGCAAAUGAUAUCUUAAUUCACGAAAAAUCAAAUGAUAUUCAACGAAUAACGACACAAGUUUUAAUGGGUGAUCAAAUAGAUGAAAUGGAUCCACAAUUAUUAGGACUUGUUGCUCUUAACUUACAAAACAGACGUAAACAUCUUGAAACAAAAGGACAAUUUAAAGAUUCUAUUCAUGUCCAACAAUGCAUUGACAAGGUUCGCGAGGCCCAGUUAGAGGCAAAUAAACUUGCUGCUCAAAGAUACGCUUUAAUUGAUAUAGAUUUACGUAAAUCAUUCACAGAUACAGAUUCAACGAUCAACGAACAUGUUUACGAAGCAGAUCUUGCUAAACUUGACGUACGAUACAAAAAGUUAGAAGAAGAAUUGAAAAAUCGUCAAUUAAAAGAACUCGAAGAACAUGAUUUAGAAUGGAACAGUGAAGCUAAAACACGUCAGUAUUCUCAUCUUUCAUCGAAUUUACAAAACCUUCGAGAUAUGCACACGAAACUUGUAAAGGCCAAGCGUUAUGAAGAAGCCAACAUUGUUGAGAACGAAGCAAAUAUCAAGGAAGAUGCAGAGAUGCGCGCAAAUAUGGCAAAACGUGAUUCUGAUUACCAGAGAUCUUAUGAUCAAUUAUUAGAGAAACAUAGAAAAGAAAUUGAGCAACUUAAAGAAGCUAAACAGUCAAAGGUUAAUUUGCUUACAAGAAAAUCCGAAAUUAAUGAUCAAAUUAUCGAAAAUCGCAGAAGAAUGUUAAGAUUUAACGAAGAUAUCGCAAUGGAUAAAGAGAAACUUUGGAAAUUAAGACACAGAACAGAUCGAUACAACAUACCAGUCGCAGAUUUGCAAGGAGCUUCUUCUGAACACAAAGGAAUCACUCAAGUGCCAAAAUGCAAAAUGCUCAAGCUUCCACCUCUUGUUACGAAGUCAAUGACCGGAUAUUAA